UUUGUCAACAGCCAAUGAAUACAAAGAAGAAGAAAAAGAAUCAGCAGAAUAUCGUCAAGCAUAGGAACUCGGCUGGAGCCACUUCCAUCAUGUCAGGAUAGAAAAGCAAACAAACAGCAGACAAAGCUCGGUCGAACCAUCCUUUUCCGAAACGGAGUCUUUACGAUGGAAGGCGAGGAGGAGAGGGGUGUUGUUCGUGUCAAAGUCAAGAAAUGUGAUGGGGCACUUCCUGUGGAGUUUCGCUCCUUUGCUGUUGAUCCCCAGAUAACAUCGCUGGAGGUUUUGCAGCACAUACUUAUCAGAGCCUUUGAUUUGAAUGGGAAGAGAAAUUUCAGCGUUGGUUACCUGUCUCGCGAUCGCAGCGGGGCUGAAAUGUAUAUGUCUCUGGUCUCUGACUGGGAUUUGGAUGUUGCGUUUGUCAGUGCAGCCAGACCAUUUCUGCAGCUCAAGAUGGAUAUAAAACCUUCUGAGGACAGCCCUGUUUUGGAAGACUGGGACAUCAUAAGCCCCAAAGACGUGAUUGGCUCUGAGCAGCUUCUCACAGAGAAGACUAGAUCCUUGGCAUCUGCAGCUCUUCCCUUCACCCAGUCUCUACUGUCCCAGGUGGGCCGGACCCUGUCGAAGGUCCAGCAGGCCUUCAGCUGGUCUUAUGGGGAGGAGAUCAAGCCUUUCAAGCCCCCUCUAAGUGACGCUGAGUUUCACAGUUACCUUAACGGACAGGGACAGUUGACCCGGCCUGAGGAACUCAGACUGCGAAUCUACCAUGGGGGUGUGGAGCCGUCGCUGCGGAAGGUGGUUUGGCGUUACCUCCUGAAUGUCUAUCCAGAUGGACUUAGCGGACAGGAGAGAAUGGACUACAUGAAGAGGAAGACGAGAGAGUAUGACCAGCUAAAGAGAGAGUGGACAACCCGGGUUAGUCAUGAGGACCUUGAAUUUAUCCGUGGAAAUGUUCUCAAAGACGUCCUGAGGACGGAUCGAGCUCAUCCAUACUAUGCAGGCUCUGAGGAUAGUCCCCAUUUGACUGCCCUCACAGAUCUACUCACCACAUUUGCCAUCACUCAUCCACAGAUCUCUUACUGUCAAGGCAUGAGUGACAUUGCCUCCCCAAUACUUGCAGUAAUGGACAACGAGGCACACGCCUUCAUUUGCUUUUGUGGCAUCAUGAAACGCUUAGAAGGAAACUUCCGGCCAGACGGGCAGCUCAUGUCUGUUAAGUUCCAGCAUCUGAAGCUCCUCCUGCAGUACUCCGAUCCUGAAUUCUACUCUUACCUAGUGUCCCGAGGAGCUGACGACCUCUUCUUCUGCUACCGUUGGCUUCUUCUGGAGCUUAAACGAGAGUUUGCGUUUGAUGAUGCUCUAAGGAUGCUGGAAGUUACUUGGAGCUCUCUGCCCCCAGAUCCUCCUGAAACUGAAGUGGAGCUUCUGGGGCCACCUCUGGAAGCCGACGAAACAAUGUUCAGCAACUUUGAGGACAAGACGGUUGAGGACUACUUUCAAGAUAAGGAACAAAAAGAGAAGCAGCGUCGACGGCACAUGCUGCGACCUUCAAGAGAAGAAGCAGACAUGAACAUAAAUGCCAUCGCUGAUGAAAUGGACAGGCAAAGCGUGAGCUCGGACAAAGCAAAUGUGGGUGACGAGUGUGAUAUCCCUCAGGUAACCAUGGCAAAGACAGAUUUGAAAGGUGCUCCCUUCGAGAGGCAGACUAGUUUUGGGGAGUUUAAAUAUUAUACUGCCCGAAAUGAAGACAGCUUUGAUAUGGAGGAGGUUGAACAGCAUCCUCCAUGUCAACAGGGUGCAGUGGUUUCAGAGUCGAUAACGAGCAUCCCGAGGCGCCAAUCCACAACUGACACUGAGGAGGACACGGGAGAGCAAACACCACUGUUUAAAAAUUUUGAUAAUGAUGUUUCUCCACCUCUUUUCCCAAGCAGCCAACCCGUCUGGAAAACUGGCUCCUCUGUCUCUCCCAUGUCUUCAGUGUCACCAUCGAGUUGGCCUGGUGUUUCUCCAGACUCUCCUCCAAAGUCCACAUCACCAUACGUGAGCAACGAAAGUGAGGCCUUACCAAGAGCUGGCCUAAACGUGUCAGCUUCUUCUACUCAGUUGCCCAGCAGUACACGCAUCAGUUCACCCACAACCCCCACUGCACGGACAUCCGUCAGCUCUCUUUCUACUGCUCAAAACAGAUCCCUGCUGUCUUCACCCAUUUUGUCCUUUGGAAGAGGAACAUCUUUGUCUGGUUCCAGGUUGUACUCAAACAGUCUCCUCUCACCUGGCAACAAAUCCCCCAGCAGCGCUGCUAAUACGCCCAGUUCUCUAAAAGCCGAGACCACUGGCAUCAAGCCGUGCUCCUUGCCACCUCCUCAAGAGUUUGGUAAAGGCAACCCGUUCAUGCUGUUCCUGUGCUUGUCCAUCCUGUUGGAGCACAGAGACCAUAUCAUCAAGAACAGUUUGGAUUACAAUGAGCUAGCCAUGCACUUUGAUCGCCUUGUGCGACGCCACAACCUGAGCAGAGUGCUGCAAAGAGCCAAGGCCCUGUUUGCAGAGUACUUGCAAAGUGAGGUGUGGGACUCAGAAGAAGGGGAUGAGGUUAGCUCAGACUCUCCAACAACAGCUACUGCUACUCAGCACUCCCCUUCUUCAGCCAUCUCUGCUAAGCCCAUUUACAGCCCUUUAGCAUCUCCACAGUUGUCAUCUCCAAACUCAACCUAUAAUUUGGCAAACACCAUUCCUUCUCUGAUAGCUCAAAAUUCCUUUUCCACCAGUUCCUGAUUCUGUUGUACAUCACUGGCCUCCUUUUCCGGACUGCUUAGUGGAUUCAGCUCUUUCAAUUCUGUCUCUAAUUAAAUACAUAUAUUCCUUAAGGUCAGUGUAAUAUUUUUCAUUUUUCUUGCUUGUUCUCUGGAAGUCGGGAUAAAGAACCUAAGAAGCCUUUUUUCCAUUGGGGUUGCUGAUUCUUGAAGCUCAGUAAUUUGGGGAUCUGAUAUUUGACCCUGAGCCUGUCUGAAUCAUACACUUGGUGCAUUUAACCCGUGUUGCCACUUUUAUCAUGUUUGUUUACAAUCUGAUUUCCUCUCCAGGAAGCCAUGGAAGUAUGUUAAUUAAAACACGGGAGUUCAAUUAUUUAAAAACAUAAUGGGAUGGUGGUUUCUUGAACUCAUGAGUCAAGUCUUUGCUUUCACUCAUCCCGAGUGCACGAACCACUGAAUAAUUGCAGAAUUUGUAUGUUUUGUUUUGUUUUUUGUUUGUUUGUUUGUUUGCUUGUUUAUUGUGUUUUUUUAAAAAAAUAACCUCAAGUGUGACUUGUUACUCAUAAAAUAACAUGCUCGAUAGGGAUGUGACCCUGUGACCCCAAUAAUUUAAUCCGAUAAUCUAAAUUCUUUUAGUUUGGAUAUUUUAAAUAAGUGUGUGUGUGAACAAGGAGCCACUCGCUGACUAUUUAGUUGGCAUGUUGUUUCAUUUCUUUGUAUCUUCAAAGCAAACAUGCAGAAAGGCAUUUGCAGUGACAUUCACUGUGCUCGGGAGCACAUGGUACACCAUCCAGGACUCAUUUCUGCCUGAAAUUGCUUCCUGUUGAAAGUAGGUUGUCCUCUAAAACACUCACUUGAGGCAACUAGUUGUGAACUGGUGCCAUACAAAUAAUAUUGAAUUGAAAACAUACUUGGCAAUAUUUGACACAUAACACGACCAUAGCUGCAUACUUAUUGGCCAGUAGUUCCUCAUAGAGUAGCUAUGGUCCAGAUGAACUGGUUUACUUAUUACAAACAUAUAGCUGCUGCGUAUGGUCCAGUCUCUGCUCUUUAGACGUUUUCCAGUCAAUUUCUAGUUCUUUCUAAUUCAUCUUGGAGUUGUAAGACUAGCUCACCAUAACCACAACCUACCCUAUACUGGAGCAGACAGUAUGAAGGCGUAGGUUCUGAUGUUGAAACUGAGAUGGGGCCGCUGUCUCUGAUCCAACCUCUGCUAAGCCGCUGUUAAAACAAACAGCUGUGACGUCUCUUUAAAACAUGUUAGCCCAGGACAAAAACUGGCUGCCAUGCUGUGAACAUCAGUGUGGUUUCAGUCUACUUUGUACAAAUGCCUUUUUAUUAAGAGACCUUGUGCUGGGGUCACAAAUUAAAACUACAUCAGUAGUAAAGUAAGUACUGCACACUGUAAAUGUAUUUAUUGAGUAAUGUUUAAUUUUAGCACUUUGCUCAUUGCUCUUUUCCAAAGACAGUGUUUUAUGAAUGUACAGCUCGCAUCUUCUUUUGUCCUUUUUGGAGGGAAACUAAGAUCUCACAGAGUGAACGCGACUAACAGCAAUCAAUCAAAAAGCAGCUGAAAGCUGUCAGGACACGCCCAGGAGGAUUGGCCCUAUUUUGUUGUUUUGGUUUUUUUUGAGUUGAUUCACAGAUUUAUUGAUCACAUUAGAUAUGUGCCUGUGAAAUCAAAGCUUGCAUUGUGCUAGCUCUGAUAUAAACUCCACUUUAACAAAGCUUACAUUCAUCAUUUUCUGUUAUUGUUUGUGUCAAAGCAGUUAUGCUCAUGCUGUGGUUAUAAAAGGUGGUGAUGAUAUUCUGGUCUUAUUUUUUACCAGCUCAACAUAGGUGAAGGGAAGCAAAAUACAUAUUUAUGUUUUAGGCCAUGACACUGUCAAUAAGCUGGGCAGCUGGAGAAAUGCUUACUCUGGAUGGGUUUUGGCCCCGGUCACAUGAAUCCAUCCUUAGACCACAUGCUCGACGUUCCAGACCUCAGCUCAGUUGUGUGCCAUCUGUUAGGGAUAUGAAGGCACAACUACAAAUUUUGGGAGUAGAUCUUAAAACAUUCUUCUUCUUAGCAUGGUUUACCUGACCUAUUCUUACUUUUUAAGGGAUAGGUAUUCUGCAAACACAGUACUCAUGCAAAAGUAACGCUUAUUUGAGAAUUACCUUCUGAGGACUGUUUCUGUUUAAACAGAAUUUGAAGUGACUGAUAUCGUUGGAGAAGCUCGUAUGGUUCUGAUUCUGGGGUUCUGUUUUGCCUCCUUUUGUAUGUCAGUAUUUAAUAUCAAAAUAAACCAAUCUGAAGUAACUGUACUCACUGGACUGUGAGCUAGCAAUAUGUACAUUUAUUUAAAAAGAUUUAUCUCAAGUUAUCUAUGUAAACAAAAGUUAAAACACAAUGUUACUGAUUGUAUAUUGGACACAAAUAAAUAUUCAGUGCAGCUGA